AGGGGGAUAACGUGUUUCAAUAACGGUGUGCUUUUACAUAGUCGCAGGAGAAUUGUGUAUAUCAGCAUUAUAAUAACAUUUGUAAAGCAGUUUCCCUCAUUUAGCGCAUUAUUUUCCGGUUGUUUAAAAAUUAAACGAAUACUUAAAACGGUUAAAGAUGACGACGUCUUGGAGUGACAGACUCCAGGAUUAUGCAGACCUUCCAGCCAACAUGGAUGGUUUAUCGAUGAAAAAGUACAGAAGAGAUGUACAUCACAGCUUACCACAGGAUCUGGCCCGUUGUCAUCCUUCUAUGAGAGUUUUUGUCAAUAGAAGUUUGGCAAUGGAGAAGAUAAAAUGCUUUGGCUUUGAUAUGGACUACACUUUAGCAGUGUACAAGUCUCCAGAAUAUGAAUCACUUGGCUUUGAUCUGACAGUGGAAAGACUGGUUUCUAUUGGUUAUCCACAAGAGCUGCUAAACUUUGUUUAUGAUCCUGCCUUUCCAACAAGAGGCUUGGUGUUUGAUACAAUGUAUGGCAAUCUGCUGAAAGUAGAUGCAUACGGAAACAUCCUUGUGUGCGCUCAUGGUUUCAACUUCCUGCGUGGUCCAGAGAUAAGAGAGCUUUACCCAAACAAAUUCAUCCAACGUGGAGAUACAGAUCGGUUCUACAUCCUAAACACACUCUUCAACCUGCCAGAGACAUACCUCUUUGCCUGCCUGGUUGACUUCUUUACUAGUUGUGCCAGAUACACAAGUUGUGAGACAGGCUUUAAAGAUGGAGAUCUUUUCAUGUCCUACAAGAGCAUGUUUCAAGAUGUCAGGGAUGCUGUGGACUGGGUCCAUUUUAAGGGGUCACUAAAAGAGAAAACUGUUGAAAACCUGGAGAAAUAUGUGGUGAAGGAUGCCAAGUUGCCUUUGCUUCUAAGUCGAAUGAAUGAAGUUUCCAAAGUGUUCCUUGCUACCAACAGUGAUUAUAAAUACACAGAUAAAAUAAUGACAUACUUGUUUGAUUUUCCACAUGGUCCAAAAGCGGGUAUUCCUCAUAGGCCCUGGCAGUCUUACUUUGACCUCAUUGUGGUGGAUGCAAGAAAGCCAGUGUUUUUCGGGGAGGGAACAGUCUUGAGACAGGUUGACACGACCACUGGGAGGCUGAAGAUCGGCACAUAUACAGGUCCCUUGCAGCAUGGCAUAGUGUAUUCUGGUGGUUCAUCAGACAUAGUGUGUGACCUAUUGGGAGCUAAAGGAAAGGACAUUUUGUACAUCGGUGACCACAUUUUUGGAGACAUCCUUAAGUCAAAGAAACGUCAGGGCUGGAGAACAUUUCUGGUUAUUCCUGAGCUGGCUGAGGAACUGCAUGUGUGGACUGACAAAAGCACCUUGUUUGAAGAGCUGCAGAGUUUGGAUAUAUUUCUGGCAGAGCUCUACAAAGAUUUGGACAGCAGCAGCAAUGAAAGGCCUGAUAUCAGUUCUCUUCAGAAGAAAAUUAAAAAAGUGACUCAUGACAUGGACAUGUGCUAUGGAAUGAUGGGAAGCCUGUUUCGCAGUGGCUCCCGUCAGACUCUCUUUGCGUCUCAAGUAAUGCGUUAUGCUGACCUGUACGCUGCAUCCUUCAUCAAUCUCCUCCAUUAUCCCUUCAGCUACCUGUUUAGAGCCGCCCACGUCCAGAUGCCUCAUGAGUCCACUGUGGAGCACACUCAUGUGGACAUUAUUGACACGGAGUCGCCAAUGGCGACACGCAACCGCCACUCAAUUGACUUCAAAGACCGCGAGUGUAAGAGACACCAGCUGACCCGCUCAGUAAGCGAGAUCAAUCCACCACACCUCUUCCCUCAGACCCCAGAGGAGAUCACCCACUGCCAUGACGAAGAUGAUGAGGAUGAAGAAGAAGAAGAGGAGGAGGAGGAAGAAGAAGAAGAAUAAGCUGGCAUUAUUCGGGUUCUGUAUCAAUAAGUAUGAUCAUAGCAUUCACAUUCAGAUAUAAGAGAGUAUGUUUAUUUCCUGCACUGUAUAUUCUAAUUAUUACUGUACCAAGUACUACAUUUAUAGGUGGAGUAUGAAGCUAAACUGGGCAUCUUGUUUUUUAAAUAAGGUAUAUGCAAAGCUCUUAUUUUCCAAGCUUUUUUAAUGCAAAAAAAACUUUGGUUUGGUUAACAGGUGUGAAUUUACAGACUUUGUGUAUAGUUACAACAUACAUAGACAUUGCAUGAUAUUGUGUGAACAUAAAACGGUUACAAAGUCUGUCGCUGGUCUAUUAAAGCUUGCGAAAUAGCAUGCUUACACUUAUAUAGUGGCUUCAUGGAUUAUGUAGAUUGCAUUUAAACUUUUGGAGAUGAGCCGUGUAGCAUGCUGGGAAAUAUUACCUUAGUCAUUUCACACCUACAAUGGGAGCUCAAAUCCGUUUUUUGUCUGACUGCCUGUUAAAACACUGUAACGGAGUACUAUCUGUUAGUAUGCAAAUAGUUCUCAUGUUAUUCAGUGAUCCGUCCAUACGUUGAAAUAAUGAAACGUUAUGCAUUGGUUAAGAAAUGUUACAGGAUUACUUCUGGUGGAAAUGAGGAGUGGUAAGAUUCAACCUCAUGUUUAUAUCGCUUGCUAAAUCCUUGGAAGAAAAGCCAACACUGAAAUAUGACUUAUGCACUCGCCAUGGUCACUGUGUUGUAUACCUUGAAUCUAGAUCAUAGAUUAUUACUAUUUUUAUAUCCAGUUAGUUCAACAAGAUAUUUUCAAAGUAAUUUUGUUUGAUGUUAGCAUGAACAUGGCAUAGCAUUUGGGUUUUGACAGAGAUUUAUGGAUUAGGAUAUUGUAUAAUAAGAUGCAUUUGACCAUGGACACAAAGCUUUGUGGGUGACAGUGGACCAAAAGGACUCUUGUCCCUAAAUCACACUCGGUCAUAACACACUUCUUUGCCAUUGUUCAAGUAGAACCUACAGGUACAUACUGUCUCGUGGAUCUGGACACAUGUUUGCUUUUGUUUCAAGGUUUUGUUGCGUAAAGGAUUAAAUUUGCUUUUUAAAUGAUACAGUACUCUUAUUAGCACCAGCAGCGGUUUUGUCUUUUGUUGUUGUUGUUUUUUUAAGUCGAGUAAGGGAUUUAUUUUAUAGUAUUAGUUUACUGCUUACUUGCUUACUAUGUUGCUUUGGAAUUUCAGUACCAUGUGAAUAGAAACCUUUAACAUGUUAUUGAACAGUAUUUUGAAGGAUAAACAACUAGAUUUAUGGUUUACUUAAGUUAAUUAUAAUUGCAAAUAUAAUCUAUAAAGAAAUAUAGAGAGAAGGGAUUUAUCCAUAAACAAAGACUGUUUUAGAGUCUAUAAUUUUUAUAAAUUAUUAAAGGCUGUAUUGUGUGAUUAUAAUAUAGUUGAGGUUUUAAAAUUACUUUAUUUAACCCCCCCAAAAAAGACCCUACUGUAUAUGUGGGUGUAUUUGCUUUAUGUCUAAUUUGUUGAUAAUUUUGUUUGACAUAUUGGAUUUGUUUGAUUUUGUUUGUUGAAAACAGCAGUGCCCAUCGAGGGAUGUGAAUCCGUUUUUUUUUUUACUGCAUUUUCAUCAUGUUUUUGUGUUUUGGUGUUGUGCUUUACUGAAAAGAGUAAACCUUUUAGUAUGUGACAUUUAGAUCGUAUUGUAGUUUUAAUGUAAAAAUAAGACUGCCGUCUUAUGUCACUUUAAAUAUUUUCAUUUAAGGUGUUUAAAAGGUUUUUCAUUUAUAAAGUGUUAGAUCUGUAUGGUUUGCAACACACAACGUUGGUUUUUAGUGAUGUUUCACAUUUGAAAUGUAAAAACAGUGUUUUAAAUGAGAAUAAAGGGCAAAUCCCACA